CCUAGGUCGUGUAACUUCGCAUCAAUAACCAUGGGCAAGGCGUCGAAGGAUAAACGUGACAUUUUCUAUCGUAAAGCAAAGGAGGAGGGAUGGCGUGCCCGGAGUGCGUAUAAGCUGCUACAAAUAGAUGAGGCGUUUGAAAUUUUUACAGGAGUUAAACAUGCAGUGGAUUUAUGCGCUGCACCGGGCAGCUGGAGUCAGGUGCUGAGUCGGCAGCUCUACCUGCCCGCGCUGCGCUCCGGCGACCCGCAGCCGCCCACCAUCGUUGCGGUGGACCUGCAGCCCAUGGCGCCCAUCGAGGGGGUCAUACAGCUGCAGGGGGACAUUACCAGCGAGGCCACGGCGCGGCAGGUGAUCUCCCACUUCCACGGCCACCCGGCUGAUCUGGUGGUGUGCGACGGAGCGCCCGAUGUGACCGGACUGCAUGACCUGGAUGAAUACGUACAGGCCCAGCUGCUGCUGGCCGCCGCCUCGAUCGUAUGUGCCGUGCUACGACCCGGAGGGACCUUUGUGGCCAAGAUCUUCAGAGGCAAGGACGUCGCUCUGCUCUACAGCCAGCUCAAGCUGCUCUUCCCGGAGGUGUACGUUGCCAAGCCCAAGUCCUCCCGCAACUCCUCCAUAGAGGCGUUCGUGGUGUGCCGCCGCUUCGCGCCGCCCGCCGG